GCCGAGCGCGGGCGCGGGCGCGGGGCCGCUACGUGCGCGGGGCGCGCGGGGCUGCGCUCGGGGGCGCUCCUGGGCGCUCGUCGCCGCCGCCGCCGCGCCUUUGAGUCAGCAAAGUCCGCCGGCUCGGCCCUGCGCGGAGGAGCCAAGUCAGUGUAUGAAGAAGGGAAGCAACGUGACGAGCACCGACUUCUAUUGAGCUGAUCAUCCUGUUUCUUCUGCCGCCCAUUUCACAAAGGCCCAGUGCCGACCAUCCCGGCUCCCCGAUUGAUUGUGUCCUGUGUUGAAGAUGUUUCCAGAACAACAGAAAGAGGAGUUUGUAAGCGUCUGGGUUCGAGAUCCUCGGAUUCAGAAAGAGGACUUUUGGCAUUCUUAUAUUGACUAUGAGAUAUGUAUUCAUACCAAUAGCAUGUGUUUUACAAUGAAAACAUCCUGUGUGCGAAGAAGAUACAGAGAAUUUGUAUGGCUGAGGCAGAGACUCCAAAGUAAUGCACUGCUGGUACAACUGCCAGAACUUCCAUCUAAAAACCUAUUUUUCAACAUGAAUAAUCGCCAGCAUGUAGAUCAGCGGCGUCAGGGUUUGGAGGAUUUCCUCAGAAAGGUCCUACAGAACGCACUCCUGCUCUCGGAUAGCUGCCUUCACCUCUUCUUGCAGAGCCACUUGAAUUCAGAAGACAUUGAGGCUUGCGUUUCUGGGCAGACCAAGUACUCUGUAGAAGACGCGAUUCACAAGUUUGCCUUGAUGAACAGACGUUUCCCUGAAGAAGAUGAAGAAGGAAAAAAAGAAAACGAUAUAGAUUAUGAUUCAGAAAGUUCAUCCUCUGGGUUUGGACACAGUAGUGAUGACAGCAGUUCACAUGGAUGUACGAUGAGCACAGCUCCACAGGAAUCCUGAAAAAUAAUUCUAAUGUUACCAUCUUAGGAAUAGCAAAUUAUGUCCACUCAUGGAGAAGAAAGCUUGCUAAUAUAUCCUUACCUAGAGCUCACUGUCAUGAUAUUAGGAAUUUAAAUUCUUAAAGACACUGGGUUGUUUAUUAGUGGUAUUUUUAUGUUGUGUCUUAUUUUGGCUAAGCUCCUGUAAAAAGCUAAAGGCCUGUGAAUGCAGUCUCCUUAUAGGCAAACAUUAUUGGUAAAAUAAGAUCCUGCCCUGGAAUGAAAUGAUUUAUGCAUUUAGAAAAAUCUCCUUGGUUUUUGCUGAAUUUUAAAAGAUAGGUAUAUAGGUAGCCUGCAUUUAAAUUCCAGACAGCACAUUCCUUCUUGCAUCAGUGGGACAGUGUUAGCAUCAAUACAGCCUGUAUGAUCUUAACCACGAUGAAAAUUGACAGCAUAGACCAGGCCGCCUCUCUCAGACAUGUGGCUGAUAUUUUGUGGGCACCCACCCCCUGCACUGGGGAAAAACACUUCGCUUUGCGCUGUUUGAUUGGAAUAUUUUAAGAAGUUUCACCUCUCCAGUAUUUUAUUUCACAUUUAGAUGGAAAGUGUAUCUUAUGCAUAGAGACAUGUUAAAAUAAUGUUGAUGUCUUACACAAAAACAGAAAUAGUGUUAGUCAUUUUGCUUAUAUUUGCAAUAUAUGGAUUCAGAAAUACAUUUUCAUUAUCCAGAUUCACACAUGGUUUCUGGAAACAAGUAGUUUGUUUUCAUUAUUGUUGUGCGAUUAGAAUUUACGGGUUAACUAUUUAUUUUCUGACUAAAUGUGCAAUUUCUUACCACUAGGUAACUUUCAGUGUCAGUGGUGGCUACUUGUCACUUAUUUUUACGUUAGAAGUGGGAUCUUAUAAAAAUUAGUAAAUUUAUCAGUAAAUAUUCCUGUGAUUUAGAAAAGAAUAUCAACUUGCUAAUUUAAAAUUUUUUUCAUUUUUAAAAAGCCCUUUCUUUUAAAGCAUCUACCUGAGGACUGGUAUCAUUUAAUAAAAUGUUGCCUUUUUUAGUGACUCAAAGAGAAAAGGUCUGAGAUAAACUACAGUGAACUUCAAAUUUCAGACGAGGCAGCAUUUUCUUGAGAUAAAUAUCCAAAGUUUCUUUUCUGUUGGAUGGUAUGAAAUAUCUCUGAAACUACCGGGAAGAUGUUUUUACAACACUGGAAUAACUUGUUGCUUUAAUUAAAUGUUACCUCAUUUAAUUAGGUACCUCAUUUUAUUUUAACUGGGAGUUUAAAAGUUACCAUGUUAUUAAAAAGUCUUUGAAAUGCUGGUAACAAAGAACAGAAAAAAAAUUAAAUUUAGAAUAAGAAUGAUCUCCUUAAUUCUUCCUUCUUGUUUUUAUUUGGUCUAAAACAUUGAGCUUCUGUAAAUAUUGAUUUAAUGUAUCUUGGAUCUCAUUACUUUAUUCAUCUAAGACUUAUUAUUUCAAUACAGAGGAAAAAAAGAUUUAGCAACUUCUUUUUAUCUUGCUAACAUGUAAAGUUUGCCAUCAAGUCAUUUAAGAGCGAUCCUUAGCUUGCUGGCAAUAUGUAUUUGAAUUCACAUUAUUUGUUUAAACAGCAGUUUUGAAAAGCAUGUCAAGUGCCACCGAUUGUCGUAUUAUUUUUAGAUGAUGUAACAUAGCCAUCAAAAUUGAUAUUAAGUAUGCCUAAUACUGUGGUAUGUAAACUUCACAAGAUCAUCGUUUUCACAUUAAACGUGAAAAAAUCAA